AUGCUGUCCAGCGUACUGAACACGCUGCUUCCAGCUCCAACCAGAAGGCCGUGUGUGCCUCAUCCGAAGGAGCUAUCUCCAUCAAACUGCCAGUUAUCUCCAAAACUAUCUCCGGGAUCGAGCCCUGCAUUGAGUGCUUCCAGAUCUCACUUGAACAUUGAGGUGCUUGAGUUCCUGGGCAUUUUGACCCGGAGAUUCGGCAACAUUACGCGGGCGUUCCGGGCAAUGAAGCAUGCUGCUCAAUGCACCUCCCGGUCUAGAAAGGCUUCGCCGAGUGCUUCAGAGCCACUCAGCAAGUCAGAGUUCACUUGGUGUGUGACAUCUUUCCUCCGUCAUGGGGACUACAGCUUGGCUCGCAAGCUAUUUGCAGCGAUUGGAGGGGAUGUAAGGCUAGUUGCCCUGGGUCCAGACAUGGAGGCCCUGCUUUCCCUGCAGCAGCUGCGGCAGCAACUUCUUGACGAUUUCCAAAAAGAGGAAUUGGAGGAGCUUUUGAGGAGCCAACUUGUGGAGGAGGUUUCAAAGAAGCAUUUCGUCACAGUUGCAAAGCAUUUGGGCAUCGAAGCAUUUCAGGCUCAACAUGUCUUCCAGCUGAUUGACAGAGGAGAUGGCUUCGCAGAUCUGACCGACAUCAUGGAAGCGCUGAUCUCCAAGAAGCCCCGACUUCUUUGGCGAGAUCUUCGGCACUGCUUACUCGCAAGGUUCGCGAGUAUCUCGGAGGCUUUCUUUACCACAGAGACCAGAGAGGUGUGCGAAGGAGCUGAGACCGAAAGCUUUCAAGCCGAGAGACCAAGAGACUUGAAAGAAGCAGAGAGCGAAGGAAAGCAAGCCUUGAAAGCUGAAAGCUUUGCCUUUCGAGCCGAGCUGGAGUUUACCCAGUUCACCAAGAGGAUAGAAAGCUUGGGCAUUGGAGAGGAGGAUGCUCGCGCAUAUUUUAGUCUCCUGCUUGAAGACAAUGAGGAAAAGUGCGGAGCAUCGUGCUUUUCUGGUGUUGACGGUUGCGUUGAAAAGCUGAGACGUUUGGUCCAAUCGGCUGUACCUCCAACAAGCAUGGAAGACUUUUGGCACCGCGUCGCAGCUGAAUGGCCUGACGUUUUGGAAGCGGCUCGAAAGACAAAGAUGGCAAUCUCCUCUCAGAGAUUAGGAGAUCUCCUGUCGGAGCUUUUGCGUCGUCAAAAAGUUCCUGACAGGCUGAAGAGUCUAGCCUCAUCAUCUUCAUCUGGGUUUCAAUUGCUAAGCUUGGAUUUGGAGGCCUUCAAGGCUAUUGCCCUUCAGAUUGAUGUCUCUCAGGAAGAUGCCCAAGGUCUGUUUUACAGUAUAGCUCGUUCAAGUCGGGUGCCAGAGCCAGUGGAACCAGUCACUCCUCAAGAAACAGGAAUUGAUAUUUGCGCACAGCAUUUGGGUGAACCUCAGAUCUAUUUGGAAGAUUUUGCAGAGCAACUGAUUCUGUGGACUGAAAGUGAUCGGCGCAGACCCCGGGAGAAAGUCCGGCAAUUGGUGGCUCCUGCACGUGCAGCCAUCUCGGCUUUGAAAGCAGAAUUGCUCCCAGAACCCAAAGAGGCAAAUGAGCCGAAGGAAGAAGUGAAGGCAGUGAAAGACAAUGAAGUGAAGGUAGUGAAGCUCCCAAGAAUUCCAAAGCUCAAGAAGCGACCCAAGCUUCCUUGGUGUACCUACUACCAUUUGCGUCCCAAUCCAGUCCCUCUUGCCCUAAGCUGA